AAAUUAAGAUCAAUAAAAUUAAGUUUUUAGUUUUAGUUAGCCGUUGGCUAAGUUGCUCCUCAGGGCAGUGUUUUCAACUUUCUUAUUGAGUAGGGAAUUGAUGUCUACUUAUCAAAGUAAUUUGUGGUGUUUUCAUCAAUUUCUUUUUUAAAUUAAUUUUAACUUAUCAAAGUUUUUCUUGUGAUGUUCUAAUUAAUUUAAUUAUCCGUAUUACUUUGGUUUUCACUCCCCUGUUGACUCGGGGUCAAUUAGGGAAGGUUUAUUUAGAGAUAAGUUUCUGCAUGUUCAUGUUAUAUGUGGGGUUUUGGAUUGCAUGUUUUGAUCUCGGGUUUCCCAUUAUUAUAUGCUGAGUUUUUUAUCACGAUAGUUGAUCCUGGGCUUCGCAUCACAUUCUUCUGUCCAUAUUUUUGGUUAUUUAAAAUAAAAGAAAUAUAAAAGCUUUUGAGAGAAUUGUGAAUAAUAUUAGUAAAUUAAAAGAGAGAUGGUUUACUUGUUUCGGUUUCUUGUAUUGGGACAUAACAUCAUUGAGGUUGAGGAUUUUGGGGAUGUCAUAAAUUCACUAACAAACUUGUAAAUCUCUUGUGAAUGGGCGGUACCCCUCUCUUUUUUGGUACCUCGCUAAUAUAGUUACUAUAUUUUUUCUUUAAAAAAAAAUAACUUAUCGUAGAAUUAUGUCUACUUUUGGUUCUCCCUGUUCUGCAUCAAUAGGUUUAUUAGUUAGCAAUAGAAAUAUAUAUUGGGUGAAUGUAUUUUUGGAGAUAUGAGAUUAGCAUAACUGUUUGAUUACUAGAGUCUCCUGCUGGAAAUAUUCUACGGGUUAACUAUCUAUUCAGUUCAAAUGUAAGGCUAUAAGUAAAAAAAACAGUAUUAAUCUUGUGUUUUUAAUAUCUUGCAUAGACAGUUCAAAAUUUCAAGUUGUCGAUGAUUAAGCAACAGAUUUUAUUCAUGACACUUGUUGCAGGUGCGGUUGAUUGGAUAUUGUGUUGAGGGCUCUCUUUUUCUGGUUUACGAAUACAUUGAGAAUGGCAAUUUAAGCCAACAUUUACGUGGUUCAGGGAGGGAUCCAUUGCCAUGGUCUGCUCGGGUGCAAAUUGCCCUAGACUCAGCAAGAGGUCUUGAGUACAUUCAUGAACAUACUGUUCCUGUUUAUAUCCAUCGGGACAUUAAAUCUGCAAAUAUAUUGAUAGACAAGAAUUUCCGUGCGAAGGUUGCAGAUUUUGGGUUAACGAAACUGACAGAAGUAGGAAGUGCAUCACUUCCGACACGUCUUGUGGGUACAUUUGGAUACAUGCCCCCUGAAUAUGCUCAAUAUGGUGAUGUUUCUCCAAAAGUAGAUGUAUUUGCAUUUGGGGUUGUCCUUUAUGAACUUAUUUCUGCAAAGGAAGCCAUUGUCAAGCCAAAUGGCUCUAUUGCUGAAUCAAUGGGCCUUGUUGCUCUGUUUGAGGAAGUUCUUAACGAACCUGAUACCAGAGAAGAUAUCCGCAAACUAGUUGACCCAAGGCUUGGUGACAGCUAUCCACUUGACUCAGUACGCAAGAUGGCACAACUUGCAAAAGCCUGUACUCAAGAGAAUCCACAACUGCGGCCAAGUAUGAGAUCUAUCGUGGUUGCGUUGAUGACACUUUCAUCUUCUACAGAGGAUUGGGAUGUUGGCUCCUUCUAUGAAAAUCAAGCUCUUGUCAAUCUUUUGUCAGGGAGAUAGGAGCAUUAGCGACAUAUGGUUGCAGUCUGGAAGCUUCUAUCCUGACGUGUAAUUAUGAAUCAAGUCAAUUACACAGGCCAUGUUGUUUGUAAAUGCAGUAGUUCAGGUAUUUGGGAGUUCUUUUUUUUUGACCAAUUUAUUCAUUGCUUGCUGAAUUGUACCAAGGUAGAAACUAAUUCUGUGCCAUGGAUGUAAAGAAAAUUUAGUUCUCUUUGCUAAAAGAAAACGGGGGCAUGGCAAUGAGUAUAUAAAAAUUUCCUACUUGAGCCAUACUUGCA